CCCAUGGCUGACUUCAAGCGCUGGAAAGAGCAGCGGCUGUCACGUGCGGACGGGAGCCGGAAGGGCAGCGUGGACGAGCCGAUCGCGGGGAUCGUGCAGCUCCUGAAUGACCAGGACAGCUUUUGCACCACCAGCUCCUGCUCGGGCCGCGUGGUGGUGCUGGAGCCGCCUCCUCUGCCUGCCCCCGCCGAGCCUACCACUGGUUUUGAGAUCCAGAAACGAAACUGUAUCUGGCUAAUGGUGACCCAUCAAAUAUGUACAGUGGAAGAUGUGCUUACAGCCUUGCAGAAAGCUACCGAUGAUGCCAUAUUCAAAUUUGAACCAUUUGUACUUCACGUGCAGUGUCAAGAGCUACAAGAUGCCCAACUCCUGCACACGGUGGCUAUAGAAGCUGGUUUCAGGAACUCCGGGAUAACAGUUGGUCGAAAAGGAAAAAUUAUGAUGGCUGUCCGCAGUACCCAUUGCUUAGAAGUUCCACUAAGCCAGAAGGGAAAAUUGAUGGUCAAUGAAGAAUAUGUUGACUUUGUGGUUCAAGUGGCUAAUCAGAAGAUGGAAGAAAACAGGAGGAGAAUUGACAGAUUUUACAGUUGUCUACAGUUUGCUUUGGAAAACAGGGACCAUAUCAGUAGCUUGCCUGUCAAAGAGCAAGAACAGAAUACUACAGGACAGAAUAAUACAGUGGACUCUUAUAGAAGUAGAAAAAAAUCAAAAGGGACCCAAAAAGUUACUUCUGCAUGGAAAAAUAAAGGGCCGGAAAGUGAAGAUGACACAGAAGGCAAUCUUCAUUUUUUUCACUGAAUUGUGCUGAAAAUGGGUUUUUGUAAAGUAGAUGUAGCUGUACUGUAUUUGUAUAAGGCUGAGAUCCUAUAGGCCCACAAAUGGAGUGAAUUUAG